GCAGCUUAAUUCAUAGUUGUUGAGUUGGUCACUCACUCACUAUUUCAAUUUCCAAUGGCACCAAAGUCCAUAACAAGAGCCACUAAAUUGUGCUUGUUAUUGCUUGUGACAAUGUUCAUAUAUUCAUCAGCCGAAGUUGGUCAGCUUAAAGAAACCAACAUGACACUCUACCUCCAAGACCGGUCAGCCGGCCCAAACGCCACCGUCGUCCCUGUCACCGGCAUCCCGGGCCGGCUCUGGACUUUCAGCAGCUUCGGAACCAUGUUUUGCUCAGACGACCCAAUAACAGUGGGCUUCGAUAAGACCUCGGCCCAAAUUGGACGGGUCCAAGGUAUAUUUGUGACCUCGGCAUUGGACGGGUCCAGUACACACGUCUCGGUAUCAAUUGUGUUCACCAAUGCAACCUAUAAUGGCAGCACAAUACAGAUACAAGGUGCUAGUCGCCAAUUCGAGAGUGUGCGGGAGGUGGCGGUGGUGGGCGGCACCGGAAUAUUCCGGUAUGCGAGGGGCUACGCCACCUUCGAGACGAUUUACUUGGACACACUGAUUUCGUACGCGGUUAUUAGGUGUAACGUGACUGUGCUAUAUUAUUAGAGAGUAUAGUCAUUCGAGUGGACGUGCAAUUAGUCCAGUCCAUGAAAAUUAUUAUGUUGGGAUUCCAUAGUUGACUGGUCAACUAUUUAUGGCGUUUGCUUAUCCUGAUCACAGACUCUACAACAUCUGAUUAUUGUGCAAUAAAAUAUGACAUGCUAUUUUUUUUCUUUA